UUAGGGCAGUGCCAGUUUCGACUGAAAACGACUUCCUUACUUCACUGACAUUUAUAGAUAAGAGAAAGCACUUUGAUAGCUGUAUUAAUUUUAAAUAUUAAAUAAGUUCUUUAUUUUACUUUCGAGUGUGAGGCUACUUUUCACACGGGGACGAAAAUCGUUGCUAAGCGGCGGCUUAUCCGGAGUUUCGGUUGGGUUCUGUAAAAGCGCUAAUUUUACUGACUAAAGUUUUCCACAAGUGGAAAAGUGGUUGUUUGUUCACCACUCGAACAGUUUGUGGUUGUUUACAGACCGGAAAGCUACCAGAGACGACGCCAUGGUGCUAAAAUCAGAGGACGGUGUGGUGCCAGACGACCUCACGCCUGAAGAGCAGCAGGAGCUGGAGAACAUCCGGCGGCGCAAGCAGGAGCUGCUGGACGACAUACAGCGUUUGAAGGAUGAGAUAGCCGAGGUUACCAGUGAGAUUGAGAACCUGGGCUCCACUGAGGAGAGGAAAAACAUGCAGAGGAAUAAGCAAGUGGCCAUGGGCCGCAAGAAGUUCAACAUGGACCCUAAAAAGGGGAUCCAAUUCUUGAUUGAAAAUGACCUUCUGAAAAACACCAGUGAUGACAUCGCUCAGUUCCUCUACAAGGGUGAAGGCCUGAACAAGACAGCUAUAGGAGACUACCUCGGAGAGAGAGAUGACUUCAACAUCCAGGUGCUGCACGCUUUUGUGGAGCUGCACGAGUUCACAGAUCUGAACCUGGUUCAAGCGCUCAGACAAUUUCUAUGGAGUUUUAGACUGCCAGGUGAGGCGCAGAAGAUCGAUAGGAUGAUGGAGGCCUUUGCCCAACGCUAUUGCCAGUGCAACCCAGGAGUCUUCCAGUCCACUGACACAUGCUACAUCCUGUCCUUCGCCAUCAUCAUGUUAAACACCAGCCUUCACAACCCCAAUGUUAAGGACAAACCCGCAGUGGAGCGCUUUAUCUCCAUGAACAGAGGCAUCAACGACGGUGGAGACUUACCCGAGGAGCUGCUACGGAACCUGUAUGAAAGCAUUAAAAAUGAGCCAUUUAAAAUCCCAGAGGAUGAUGGCAAUGACCUCACGCACACUUUCUUUAAUCCUGACCGGGAGGGCUGGCUGCUGAAACUGGGUGGACGUGUCAAAACCUGGAAGCGACGGUGGUUUAUCCUUACAGACAACUGCCUUUACUACUUUGAAUACACCACUGACAAAGAACCCAGAGGAAUUAUUCCACUGGAAAAUCUAAGCAUCCGUGAAGUGGAGGACAAGAAGCCAAACUGCUUCGAGCUCUUCAUACCAGACAAUAAGGAUCAAGUGAUUAAGGCGUGUAAGACUGAGGCAGAUGGACGGGUGGUGGAGGGAAAUCACAUGUUCUAUCGCAUCUCUGCUCCCACCACUGAAGAGAAGGACGAGUGGAUGAACAGCAUCAAGGCUGCAAUCAGCAGGGAUCCAUUCUACGAGAUGCUGGCUGCUAGGAAGAAGAAGGUCUCUUCUAUGAAAAGGCACUAAAUCUGCUUAGGCCUGUGUGAGUGCUCUAUAGACGAACGAGGACUUGAGACGUGGAGCGAGGAUGAGGCUGGUCUCCUUCCCCCUGCUCACCACCUUAAAUUAGAAAAUAAGAAACAUAAUUAUUUGUUUUUGUUUGUUUGCUCGUUUCUUUUUGUGAGACAGAAGGCUUUGAGGACAAGGUUGGACUUAAAAAGCCUGGACUGUUGUCCACAUUGACUCUUAUUCCUCUUUAAAUGUCCUUGUUUUCACCUCAAAUGUGUGUGCGUGUGUAGAGAGUAUUCCUUCUCAAAAAUCUACUAAGAACCCUCUUCUUUUAUUUUUAGCUCCUGUUUUCUGUGUCUUAAAUAACACGCACACACACAUUCUCAAUCAGCAGGUCUGACAGAAUGUAAAUAACCAAAAGAAAGAGAAAAGAAGUGACUGGACUUUAUGGUGUGUGUUGAUGUACAGGCAAUAAGCAUAUUUUUUACAUUUUUACACUGUAUAUUCUGUUCUUGGUAAUUUUCUAAAGUAUAUUGUGAAGUUAAAUGUAUAAAAAUCAAAGUCUGUUUUUAGUGUUUGGUGCACAGAACGUAAAAUAAAAGGUCAGAUUUGCUCAUCUGUACACUGGC